GCAUAAUACAUCGUACCUUUUUCGAUUUUCCUAUGGACCUGUUUGUAGACUUUUUCAGAAGUUAUUGCAGUCUAAGGGCACUUAUUUUGACAGCAAUGCUUGUGUUUUGUCCAUAUUGCGGUUCUAUGCUACAAAUCGAAGAAGGUGAUUCUUGUAUGCAGUUCUCAUGCCCUUCAUGUCCCUACGUGUGCCCUGUAACAAAAAAGGUGAGUAGUCGUGUAUAUCCGAAGUUAAAAGAUCUCGAGGAAGUGCUUGGUGGACCAUCAGUUUGGGAUAACGCACAGGUUACGAAUGAACGAUGUCCGAAGUGUUCGCACGAGCGAGCUUACUUCAUGCAAAUCCAAACAAGGUCUGCUGAUGAACCGAUGACUAUAUUUUAUCGAUGCGCAAAUGCCGAAUGUGCUCAUCGUUGGAAAGAUUAAUGACAUUCAAAAUGCCAAUAAAAUU